AUGCAUUACAAUAAUGAACAUUUCAAGUCUAAUAAGGACCUAUAUACAAGAGGUGUAUUACACAAAUGCGGAACGUGUAAUAAAGAGUUUAAGAACAAAACGCAUUUUCGUAACCACGAAAGAACUCAUACAGGCGAAAAACCUUAUCAAUGCGAGUUUUGUAAAUAUAAAUGUGGGCAAAAGGUACAUCUACGUAGACACAUGGUAUCAAAACAUAAGGAUGAUGAACGUUUCAAGUCUAAUAAGGACCUAUAUGCAGGAGGUGUAUUACACAAAUGCGGAACGUGUAAUAAGGAGUUUAAGUACAAAACGGAUUUACGUAGCCAUGAAAGAACUCAUACAGGCGAAAAACCUUAUCAAUGCGAAUUUUGUAAAUAUAAAUGUAGGAUAAAUGGUAACUUAAGGCAGCAUGUGGUGGCAAUGCAUAACAGUGAUGAACGUUUCAAGUCUAAUAAGGACCUAUACAUUGGAGGUAUAUCACACAAAUGCGGAACGUGUAAUAAAGAGUUUAAGUACAAAACGCAGUUUCGUAGACAUGAAAGAACCCAUACAGGCGAAAAACCUUAUCAAUGCGAGUUUUGUAAAUAUAAAUGUGGGCAAAAGGUACAUCUACGUAUACACAUGAUAUCAAAACAUAAGGAUGAUGAACGUUUCAAGUCUAAUAAGGACCUAUAUGCAGGAGGUGUAUUACACAAAUGCGGAACGUGUAAUAAGGAGUUUAAGUACAAAACGGAUUUACGUAGCCAUGAAAGAACUCAUACAGGCGAAAAACCUUAUCAAUGCGAAUUUUGUAAAUAUAAAUGUAGGAUAAAUGGUAACUUAAGGCAGCAUGUGGUGGCAAUGCAUAACAGUGAUGAACGUUUCAAGUCUAAUAAGGACCUAUACAUUGGAGGUAUAUCACACAAAUGCGGAACGUGUAAUAAAGAGUUUAAGUACAAAACGCAGUUUCGUAGACAUGAAAGAACCCAUACAGGCGAAAAACCUUAUCAAUGCGAGUUUUGUAAAUAUAAAUGUGGGCAAAAGGUACAUCUACAUAUACACAUGAUAUCAAAACAUAAGGAUGAUGAACGUUUCAAGUCUAAUAAGGACCUAUAUGCAGGAGGUGUAUUAUACAAAUGCGAAACGUGUAAUAAAGAGUUUAAGAACAAAACGCAUUUUCGUAGCCACGAAAGAACUCAUACAGGCGAAAAACCUUAUCAAUGCGAAUUUUGUAAAUAUAAAUGUAGGCAAAAGGUACAGCUAAGUAGUCACGUGAUAUCAAAACAUAAGGGUGAUGAACGUUUCAAGUUCAAUAAGGACCUAUAUUCAGGAGGUGUAUCACACAAAUGCGGAACGUGUAAUAAAGGGUUUAUAAACAAAGCGCAUUUGCAUAUUCAUGAGAGGACUCAUAUAGGCAACAAACCUUAUCAUUGGUUUAAGACUAAUUGGAGUUUGCGUAGACACGAGAGAACUCAUGAAAACGAAAAGCCUUAUCAAUGUGAUAUUCGUGGUCCCAUGUCUAGGCAAAAGGUACAUCUACGUAUACACAUGAUAUCAAAACAUAAGGAUGAUGAACGUUUCAAGUCUAAUAAGGACCUAUAUGCAGGAGGUGUAUUACACAAAUGCGGAACGUGUAAUAAAGAGUUUAAGAACAAAUCGCAUUUACGUAGCCACGAAAGAACUCAUACAGGCGAAAAACCUUAUCAAUGCGAAUUUUGUGAAUAUAAAUGUAGGCAAAAGACACAGCUACGUAGUCACGUGAUAUCAAAGCAUAAAGAUCAUGAACGUUUCAAGUCUAAUAAGAAUCUAUACAUUGGAGGUGUAUCACACAAAUGCGGAACGUGUAAUAAGGAGUUUAUAUACAAAACGCAUUUACAUAGACAUGAAAUAACUCAUACAGAGAAAAAACCUUAUCAAUGCGAUUUUUGUAAAGAUAAAUUUGCGCGAAAGGCACAGCUAAGUUGUCACAUGAUAUCAAAACAUAAGGAUGAUGAACGUUUCAAGUUUAAUAAGGACCUAUAUGCAGGAGGUGUAUUACGCAAAUGCGGAACGUGUAAUAAAGAGUUUAAGAACAAAACGCAUUUACGUAACCACGAAAGAACUCAUACAGGCGAAAAACCUUAUGUAUGCGAAUUCUGUAAACAUAAAUGUAGGACAAAAAGUAACUUAAGACAGCAUGUGGUCGCAAUGCAUAACAGUGAUGAACGUUUCAAGUCUAAUAAGGACCUAUACAUUGGAGGUAUAGCAUACAAAUGCGGAACGUGUAAUAAGGAGUUUAUGUACAAAACGCAGUUUCGUAGACAUGAAAGAACCCAUGCAGGCGAAAAACCUUAUCAAUGCGAAUUUUGUGAAAAAAAAUUUAGGCUGAAGAUACAGCUAAGUAAUCACAUGAUAUCAAUACAUAACGAUGAUGAACGUUUCAAGUCUAAUAAGGACCUAUAUGCAGGAGGUGUAUUAUACAAAUGCGGAACGUGUAAUAAAGAGUUUAAGAACAAAACGCAUUUACGUAACCACGAAAGAACUCAUACAGGCGAAAAACCUUAUGUAUGCGAAUUUUGUAAAUAUAAAUGUAGGCAGAAGGUACAUCUACGUACACACAUGAUAUCAAAACAUAAGGAUGAUGAACGUUUCAAGUCUAAUAAGGACCUAUAUGCAGGAGGUGUAUUACACAAAUGCGGAACGUGUAAUAAGGAGUUUAAGAACAAAACGAAUUUACGUAGCCAUGAAAGAACUCAUACAGGCGAAAAACCUUAUCAAUGCGAGUUCUGUAAAUAUAAAUAUGGGACAAAAAAUAACUUAAGUCAGCAUGUGGUCGCAAUGCAUAACAGUGAUGAACGUUUCAAGUCUAAUAAGAAUCUAUACAUUGGAGGUGUAUCAUACAAAUGCGGAACGUGUAAUAAAGAAUUUAAGGGCAAGGCGCAAUUGAAUAGGCAUGAAAGAACUCAUACAGGCGAAAAACCUUAUCAAUGCGAAUUUUGUGAAAAUAAAUAUACGUGA